CGACCACUGCCAAAGCGGGAAGGGAAAGCUGGUCCGUUUCAAAUCCCGUCAACUUUUGGCGCAGCGAACCUUUUUGACCUCUUCUCUGUGCCACCUCAGCCCUUCGUAUUUCUCCCAUCUCCAGCCCCAAACCUUCCGAGCCAUCCCUUUUCAGAUAACGCCGUUCUCGUCGUCGUUAAUCCCUCUCGUCGAAUUGAACUCCUGACGACUCCCGUCGGGCAAAAGAACUACCAUAAACACCACGAAUCUCCUAUUGCGACCACCGCGAACCCUUUUGCUUGUUCGCACUCCGAUAAACGUUCGCCACCGCCAUCGACUCAACCCCUCAAUCAAACCCUCGAAACUACAAUCUAACCCGACGACGCCGUAAUACAUCAUGUCCUUCUCCAGCCUUGUUCAGGACCUCACCAUGAGGGAGUCCGGCGUUCCGCGCCGACCCCGCGGUGCUCAAUCAGUCUCUACCAUUGACGAUGGCCGGUCGCAAGUUUCCCGCGCCAUGUCCUACGCCAGCACAGCGGCGACGAGUGUCAGCAUCUCUGGCGACAUUUCCAGCCAGCUGCACGGCGGCUACUUUCACCCCCUUGCCCGCUCGUGGCAAGCCGAGAGACAGUUGACCAAGUCUAUGCUCAUCUACCCUCUUUUCGUCUCCGACCAAGACGAUGAGGAGAUCCUGAUCCCCUCUUUGCCCGGCCAAUACCGCCGAGGCAUCAACAAAACAAUGGCAUGGCUGGAGGUGCUUGUGCGCAAGGGUCUGCGCUCCGUGAUGCUCUUCGGUGUGCCCGUGCGCCCGGGGACCAAGGACGCUCUUGGCACCGCCGCCGACGACCCAGAGGGACCCGUUAUCAGAAGCAUUCGCGCCAUCCGCCAGCGUUUCCCCCAGCUCUUCAUCUGCGCCGAUGUCUGCCUGUGCGAGUACACUUCCCACGGCCACUGCGGUAUCCUGCGAGACGACGGUAGCUUGAACAACCAGCUGUCCGUUGACCGCAUUUCCGACGUUGCCAUUGCCUACGCGGUGGCCGGAGCCCACUGCGUUGCUCCCUCAGAUAUGAACGACGGCCGUAUCCGUGCCAUCAAGCUGAAGUUGAUCGAGGAGGGCAUUGCUCACAAGACGGUGCUUAUGUCAUACUCGGCCAAGUUCUCGGGUUGCUUGUACGGUCCGUUCCGUGACGCGGCAGGCUCUGCCCCGUCGUUCGGAGACCGCAAGUGCUACCAGCUGCCCCCGGGCGGUCGUGGCUUGGCACGCCGCGCAAUCGUCCGUGAUAUUGGCGAGGGCGCCGACAUCAUCAUGGUCAAGCCCGCCAGUCAGUAUCUCGACAUCAUCAGCGAUGCAAAGGAGCUCGGCAAGGACAUGCCUGUCGCCGCCUACCAGGUCAGUGGCGAGUUCGCCAUGAUCCACGCGGCGGCCAAGUCUGGCGUUUUCGACUUGAAGGCGAUGGCUUUCGAGUCGACUGAGGGUAUUCUGAGAGCUGGUGCGACCAUUGUCAUCAGCUACUUCACUCCCGAGUUCCUCGACUGGCUCUCCACCUAAUAAAGAUGAUGGAUGUCAUGGCUUGAUGAUAUAAAGGCAAGGUGUUUUGGGCGUAUGUGACUAUUUUGCUAUUGAGAUCAUGACGUAGGAGAAAGCGGCAUGAUGGGAUUCAGUCGUAUAGGCUGGGAUAUAACGGGUUUCGGCAGGCGUUGGUUUCGCAUAUUUGUACAAGAUACACUCCCUUCACGGUUCAGUGUCACACGUAGAGGAUACCUAAAAAGCUAAUGAGACGGCGGG